AUGGACAUGCCCAGACAAAGCCAGAUCGAUCAGCAUACAGCAUCAGUGUCUCAGGUUGCGGCCAGUUCCAACGUGGGCGUGAGGGAAACUACACGCUCUAGGGCACACUCGCCGCUACGACCGGUGAAUUGUGCCAGCCCUGCUGGCACAACACACCGCCCGACGUCGCUCCAGACUCAGCAGCCUCCGGCGGUACAUCAUCCCUCCAACGACCAGGUACGGGUGCUCACGAGAGAGCCUGUAGACCGUGGAUGGAGAGCUUGGUCCAUUGUCGUGGGAUCGACGGCCUUCAUGAUCCCGACGUUCGGUUUGAUGACAACCAUUGGCAUCUUUCAGGUAUACUGGAAGGAGAACCAGUUGGCCCCGUGGUCCAAUACAGACAUAUCCUGGAUUAUAUCCAUCUUUGGGUUUCUAUCUGUUCUACUCUGCGGCCCCUUUGGCAUCCUCUUCGACACGUUCGGGCCCAGGUGGCUUAUGACCCCCGCAACAAUUGUGUACACCGCGUCCUUCUUGGGCGUCGCGUUUAGCAGCCAGUACUGGCAAUUCAUGGUCUGCUUCUGCGCUGCCGGUGUUGGUGCCGCGGCUUUGACCACCACUGCGCUAGCCGUUAUUAAUCAUUGGUUCGACGAGAAGAAGGGACUGGCCAUGGGCAUUUGCACCAUGGGCGGAGGAUUGGGUGGCGCGAUCUUCUCCGUGGUACUCCGAUUUACCACCAAGAACUUCGAGUGGACGACAGCAAGCCUCAUUCACUUUGCCAUCAUUUGCGCCUUUUUAUCCAUCGGUUGCGCCUUGACAAGGCCCAGAGUACUCAAGGCUCGCAAGGGAAAGAUGUGGGACUUUGCCUGCUUCAGGCGUUGGAAGUUUGUCCUCUUCACCUUCAGCGUAUGCGGUUUCGAGUUGGUGCUGUUCGUAGCGUGGGGUCUGUUGCCCACGUAUGCCAGAAUAGUCAAGCUCGGCGAUGUUUUCUACUUGACCCUUGUCUUCAGUGUGGGGUCUUCUUUGGGCAGGAUCGUUCCUGGGUAUUUCACCGAUAAAAUAGGCCCUUUCAAUGUGACCAUACUCAUGACUAUAUUCACCGAGGCGGUCAUGCUUGUGUUGUGGCUAGCCUUCGGAGACACGUCCACACCUACGCUCUAUGCCGUCGCCUUUUGUCUUGGAUUCGGCACCGGCAGCUUUGUGUCAACGGCUGCUACAUGUCUCGGACGUCUCUGCGACCCGCAAGACAGUGGCACAUACAUCGGCUGCUGCUAUGCCGUUACCGGCAGUCUUGGCUAUCUCGGUGAGGCACUGUUCUAA